GGCUGGCCAGACGCUUACCAUCAGCCUGGGUCCAACUCGCAGCAAAGCUGGGCUCUGCCCUCCCUCUCCCCACCCCGGUGAGCCCCGAAUUCCAAGAACCCGCAGCAUGCAUUUUCCUCGUCCUCCGUCAGUGCAGGUACCAUACUUGAUCGAUAGGCGCGCGGCCCAGCAGUCGCAGACAGAAAUCGAUCAGACCUGUUCGGCAGCGGCCAGGCGCACGUGACGAGGUCUCAGCCCGCUGGCUCCCGGCGCGCACGGAGACGGACUGCGGCGCGCUGCGGCUGGGCGCGGGCGAGCGGCGGGGGCUCCCGGGCUCCGGCUGCGCGCGGUCGGCUGGGCCCGCCCGGGCGGCGUCACGCGGGGCGGGGCGUGGCGUGGCGGAGGCGCGCCGGGAAGUUGCGCCUGGUCGAGUUGCAGUCUUGUAAGUAUCCUCGCAGAACGGGAGGUGGGAGGGGCCCUCUGGAAACGCAGCCUUCCUGUAAGCCCUCCAACGAGUGAAAACCGAGGCGCCACCCUUCUGCUGUGACCCCGAAAAGCUCCCUUGGAGAAGCACUGGUCCCUCUGGAAACUCUGCAAGAAGCGGAGGUCCUAGGCGAAGACCCGAGGGGCAAGGUGAGGGUCGAGGGGAGGGCGCGGCGAACCCCCAGGGGCCCCCGCAGGUUGCAGAUCCCGCGAGCCCGGAGCGGCUUCUGAGCCUGGCCGUGACAACCGAGAGAACUGGCACAGGGUGCCCCUCGGUUCUGCCUCCCUCCUCCUGAUUACCACCGGCUGGGCCAUGUCCAGAGGCAGGGACUCUGUGGUGUUACCCACAGCCCCGGGGUCCCGGAAGCCCGCCCCCCGGAGCCUCAGCUGCGUUUCGGACCUGGACGGCCACGCGGGCCUGGAGCCGCGGCUCUGUAGGCCCCCGGGGAGCCCCGGCCGUGCGCCUCCUCUGGCGCCCGCGCCGUCGGGCUGCGAUCCCCGGCUGCGGCCCAUCAUCCUGCGGCGAGCGCGCUCGCUGCCCAGCUCACCCGAGCGCCGCCAGAAGGCCGCGGGCGCGCCGGGCGCCGGGUGCCGGCCCGGAUGCAGCCGGCAGCAUCGCGUGCGCUUCGCCGACGCGCUGGGCCUGGAGCUGGCUCAGGUCAAGGUGUUCAACGUGGCAGACGACCCGUCGGUGCCGCUGCACGUGCUGUCGCGGCUCGCCAUCAACUCGGAUCUGUGCUGCAGCAGCCAGGACCUGGAGUUCACCAUGCAGUGCCUAGUGCCUGACUUCCCGCCGCCCAUCGAGGCUGCGGACUUUGGCGAGCGCCUCGCGCGGCAGCUCGUGUGCCUGGAGCGUGUCACCUGCUCCGACCUGGGCGUCAGUGGUACGGUGCGCGUGCGCAAUGUGGCCUUUGAAAAGCAGGUGGCGGUGCGCUACACCUUCUCCGGCUGGCGCAGCGCGCACGAGGUGCUGGCGAGGUGGCGCGGCCCAGCCGGCGCGCAGGGCACCGAGGAUGUCUUCGCCUUCGGCUUCCCGGUGCCGCCCUUCCUGCUUCAGCUGGGCUCCCGAGUGCACUUCGCACUGCGCUACCGAGUGGCGGGUGCCGAGCACUGGGACAACAACGACCGCCACGACUACAGCCUCACGUGCCGCAACCACGCGCUGCACAUGCCGCGCGGGGAGUGUGAGGAGAGCUGGAUCCACUUCAUCUGAGCUGCGGCCGCCCACCUGGAAAGAGUGCCCGGCGACCUGCAGCCACUUCGGGCCAGGCCUCGGAGCUGGGUGGUUCUUCUCCCACCCCAUGCCACCCGUCAAGUUGUUUGACCUCCUUUGUUGCUACAAGGGCCCUGGCAGUGACCCGUCCUGUCUUGUACUUGGAGCGUCUAUGUCACCGGGUCUACAAAGCAGCUUCAGGAGGCCCUGUACCUUGUGCAGUGCGUUGGGGGAGGGUGUUGCGGGGACAGGGGGCAGAUGCGUGGGAACGUGGGCUUCCUUGACGGCCCAAGCUGUGUUUUGGAGAGGUAUGCCUCCUACUGGGAAAGGCCUUCUGCAUGUGUCCUAAAUGUGUCUCUAAUCCUAGUUAUUUAUCAUUGUGAUGGUGGGACUUUCCACCCGUAGUGGAUGCUUCUCAGGAAUGUUUUGGACAUAAUGAGGCUAAAAACUAGUCCUGUUGUGUGUUUGUGCCCAUUGUAAACAAAAUGUACAGUGUCACCUGCAUCAUGGUACCGUAAGGCAUUCCUGCCCAGGGAGAAGGAAAAUUUGAGACCACGCUGGCCUGCCAAUGUCUGUAAGCCUUCUAACAUGGAAACUAUUAAUAGGCAAGAAAUUUAGGCCUCAUCAGUCAUCACACAACCAUUUCUGAACUUUGAGGGUGCCCUACUUAGGCCUUGUGUUUCCAACAUCAACAGCUGAGGAGGGAAAACCUUUCCACUUUACAAGUAGCCAGUCCUCUCUCUGCAGUCACUGUUCUCAUGUCAUGUUAUUUCCCGUGUAUGUUGAUAAUAAGGUCUGUAUCUAUACAUUGUUAGGCCAUUCUGUUUAGGUUUGAUACUACCUAAACUUUUUAAGAAGUCUUGCCUUAAGUUAUUUCAACUUUCAGGUGGCCCAGAGUUUCAGGCAACAGUGUCCUUUGCAGUUACCUUCUGGAUGAUUAAGGUGACUUUUUUAUUUCUUCUUAAGCAUCAGUAGACUCCGGCAUUCGUCUCUUGGAAGUCCAGUUACCAAAUGGAACUAGAAAAUGUUUUCAGCAUUAGCCAGAGCAUUGGAGGAAAAAUAACUCACAAACUUUAUUCUCCUAAAUUGUUUUGUCAGCUACCUUCCAACUUUAUUCUUUGUGCCUUCAGACAGUAGAACCUCUAACAUUUUGUGGACUUGUGUCCCAGGUUAAAACGCUAAAUGCUGGGUUUUUUAGAAAAAGAAAUCCUCCAAAGAAUCAAGACCACUGUUCCUUUGCAGUAUGCCUCUGUUGCUUAAGACUCUCACUGAGGGGCUGAUUAGUCCUUUUGGUGCUGAGCCAUGCUGUCUUGCAAAGCAGGUGCUAGAACAGAGGUAUGAAAAAACAGCCAAGAUGGAUGAGACUUUCAAGCAUGACGUUUGCUUUUGAUGCACUUUGGUCAAUUUUGUCGCAGCUGUUGCCCUGAGUUGAUUCUUAAGUUUUGGAGCGCUGCUGACAUUUGUCAGGUCAGUCUCAGAAAGAUGCAUUUUGCCCUUUAACCGAUUGCUUCUGAUAAUUACAAUCGCUGUGUUUUAUAGUUCCAAGAACAGUGCUGGCUUUAUUUGGUAAUUUUUGGUCUAAGAACACCUAAUUUUGAUUUAAAACACCGUGAUCGAAUCGCCCAGCCUUUGACGUUGAGGACCAUGUACCACAUUGACAUGUAAGAGAGAAAGAAGCUUGGUUGCAUUUCCUGCUGCUCAACAAACUGUCCAAUUAGGUCAGCAUGCCUGAGGGCCUUGACUGCUGUUUCCCUGGCCCCAGCCCAGAGGGCAAGACAAGUGUCCAAACUUUUCAGGUACAAGUUAGAGCUGCUUAAUGUAUUGUUGUUUAAAAGCAUGUGGAGAAUUUCACAAUCUAUGUGAAAGUCACUGGCCAAAAAGGUUCUAGUCACAGAAUAAAGUACAUGCUAUAGUGUCAAAAUUAAGAGAACCUCGAGGUGCCUUUUUACAAAUAUCAACAUUUUGAGACUUAAAAGCUGAAGUAGAUUUUGCCUGGUUAAUAAAGAACCUGUAAGACAGUUAAACGGAACUUUCAGAUCCUGAAACAGUUGUAUUGCUUAGAUGCUAAAAUUUUGUGGAUUGUGCAAUUGCUGGGUUGUCUCCCCAAACAUAUUUAACGUCUGUCAUUUAAAAUGGUUUUACCCAACUCUGAACAUUAAAGUAUAUGCAGAAUGCAGAAAUGUCUCUGCCUUAUUAAGCUGGAGUGUGAUUUUCUCGUGGUCUAAUGACAGAAGACAAAGUUUGGGACUUUUGAUUGUUUAAUUCACCCCACCUAUGAGUCUCCCGUCCCUAAGCAGUGAGGAACUUAGGGCCUUGCUAAGGAAUGGUAUGGCAGCUGAGCUUCUGUAGGGAUGGGUGCUAUCUUACAUUCCAGGUCAGGGGUACAUGAGAAGAACACUCUAGUGGAGCUCAGGGGCUCUGACAGUACCAGGCUGUGACACUCUCUGACUCCCUGUUUGGAAUAGUGUAUGUCUACCCUGUCACCAGGUGGUGACUCUCAGACAAGUACAGAGCCUUACAUGCCCUGUCUUACUUGCUUGGCCAAAGUGUGAGGUGCUUUAAGUGUAUGAUUUCAAUUAAUUGUGGAAAAUACGCUAUCUGAUAAUGUUCCCACUUUCUUAGCUGAAGAGUCUGAAACUCAGAGAGGCUUAAGAAAUCUACA